ACUGUGGUUAAACAACUGAAGAUUCAAAUUCCUUCGACCCCUUCGACGGCUUCGACGGCUUCGACUGGUCUUGUAGGAGGUAGCACGUGGUAGCACGCUUGCAGGUUUCGUACUUUUGCUCCUUCCUCGCGAAAACAACCAUGGAAGCGAGUUCGAUCCAACGUAGAACGUCCAGGAUUCCCGUAAGGAAGUUCACGUUGAAACCAAAGGAAAUUUCGACCGGUGAAACCUCCCGUAUACCCAGGGCUUGUUUUCGAACCUCCUCCAGCGAGCUGAAAAUAGCUGCUGAUAAGGAAACUGAUAGAGUACGUCGCAUCGGCAGAAUAAAAGAAAAUAAAUAUUCUAAAAGCGGUAGUGUCAGUGGCGUUAGCCAAAUAGCCUGGGAACCUAGAGAGCGAACUAGGAAGCCCUCCAUUUGCUUACAUGUUAAGGUGAAUAACAAUCCGCAAACAUCUGUAAAACAAAUGACAAAGCCGGGUCAUAUCAACACUCGAGCAACUAGUAAACGCCACGUGCGCGCUGUCUCUGAGGUAAUGUCACCACUUAGGGUCACACGUAGUACGAGAGCCAGCUCUGUUGAUCCAAAACCCCUACGUUCUUUAGCCAAAAAGCAAAUUCCAUUGAAGGAUCGUGUGCCCUAUGUACAAUUGGAUACGAUAAAUGAAAUUGACGAAAUAAAUAAAAUCCCAAGUAUAGAUAAAGCAUCACCUGAAGUCCUAAAAUCUUCUAAAGAAAAUAUAUCUGAAAAUUUAUUAGAUAUUUCUACUGAAGAGCAAAAGAGUGACAAGGAAAAUGAAAUACUGAACAUUAAUAACGACGUUCAGUCAAACAUUAGUCAUUCAUUCUUUUUUGAUUUAUCAUUUAUAAAAAAUAGAUCCCCUGAUCUAAUUUUAUUUUCACCGUAUAAAAGUGAAGAUUUUAUUUUCUUCUCACCGAAUUGAAGAAACGGGCUAAACAUAUUCAGUUAUCUGUUGUAGAGGAUAAUACUUGUGAAGAUAUGUCUCAGAUUAAUGAGAAAGAAAAAAAGAAGAAGAAGAAACGAGAAGAUGCUUGGAAUUUCUGCUACCACGGGUGAUCUGUCUGAUAAUCAUGAUAUACUGUCAAUUCGUUUGUUUGAAUUAGACUUACCAAAUGACCCCAAGGAUCAAGAAGAUAGAUCACAAAUUGUGCCAUCAGCAGCAUUCUAUGAGCAACCAAGAGAACGUAUAGAAGAUACGAAGCAGUCUAGCAUGAGUGGAAUAAAACUUUUCCUACUGAUGUUGAUUGGCGCGCUCGUAAUAAUAGCCUGUGUUGUCAUUGCCAUUGUGCUAUAUCAGAAGCAUCAAGAGAAAAGCAGAAAACGAUUUUACUAAGUCAGGGUUUAGAUAGGCUGUGUGUAUGUGUGUGCGGGGGUUUUAAGCGUUGCAGCUUACCGAUUUCUCUUUUAUCCAAGAUUUCUUGUAUACACACAAGAUGUAAAUCAUGAAAUGCUCAUAAGACUGUCUUUGAUUUCUGUUCACAAAUUUGAUGCAAAUCUUUGUUUUUUGUAUAAAAAUAAGUCUUCGGGGUAAAGGAGGAGUGCGAGUGCGUGUGCGUAUGCAUGAGCAAUUGUACAUUGAUUGGGCUCAAUGUACAUUUAUUUGAGUUGAUUAUAGUCAGUAAAAAUACAUAUUUAUUGCAGUUU